AUGGCAUCUCAGGAGGGCUCGAGGUCGAACACCCCGGCUGGGGCUGCCAGCACCGGCGACGACGAGCCCAGCUUCCCUCAGUAUCCAGGCAGGGCGACCGGCCCGCCCAGCAUAAUAUCCUCGAGAAUGACCGAUAUUGGAACCGAAGAUGGACGGGAGAUCGAGGCGCAAAACCCAAAUAGGCAGAGCAUGGCCACCUCGCAGAGCGGUACUGUCAGGUCGCAGAUCUCCUCGCAAAGGGCUCCCGGCGCCUGGCCGCAACCGACGCCCUUGCGCCGCGGGCUCUCUGGCAAAAGAGGCAGCGUGGCUGCCAGCAUCGGCUCAAGCUCUGUUGCAACUGGAGGACGACCUGCCAGCGCAGCAGGCCGGAGCCAUGUCCCGUCUGUCUCUUCGCACUCCUUCUUUCGCCCCAUGAGCUCCCAGAAGCUGCAGGCGCAACGAGGCGUGGCGAGGCCCUCAACCAUGAGCCGUCCACCUGAGACCGCCGAGACAUUGUCACAGGAGGCCGGUGCCACAACUAUCGGGGCCAACGUCGUACGCCAUAGUAUACAGUCCCAGUCGACAUCGGCGCGCCGAUAUACCGGAGACGAGCACCCCCCUCCGUCACGCGGAACCGAAGUAACAGCUCCCGAGACUUUUGACCGCGCCACGGCGAACACCAGUGCGAACGGUCACUAUCCUCAAGGCAGUGUUUCCGACAGCGUUCGUCCUCUGAACAAGCAAAGGGAGACGGCAGAGAAUAAAGGCUUGGCUGUGAACCUGGACAAAAGCUACAAGAACUCUGGCCAGGCCUCCCCUUUGACUCCUCGGUCGUUUAGGUCCAGCUUCUUAUUACCUGGGAGAAGCAAUCAGGGAGAGAAUGCGUCGAAUCGCAACAUGCAAGGCGGCGAGAAACUCGAGUCCGUCGCCUCAUCCCCACGCUUUGGUGACGGAGCUACCGAUCCGAGGCCAAACACGGCUGUUGCUCCAAAGGCUGGUAGGCAGGACAUGGGUCGCAACUGGGAGUAUUUCCUUGGGAAUACUGUCUUCUGCAUGGGCGGCAGAUUGCAGAACACCAAAGCGCGGCCCGUCAAUAUUGCCACGGGAGCUUUUGUCGUAAUUCCUUGCAUUCUGUUCUUCGUCUUUUCCGCACAUGACCUUUGGCACGAUAUUUCACCGGCUGUCCCACUCAUUUUUGCCUACUUGGCUUUUAUUUGUAUAUCCUCUUUCCUCCACGCUUCAACGUCGGAUCCUGGUAACCCACCCCCUGAUAUCAACGAAGAUCCUUUGAGGCUGGCACCUCCAAGCACUGACUGGACGUUGAUCAAGUCGGCUGAGUCGUCGACAGCUGCCAUGGAAGUGCCGACCAAGUACUGCAAAACUUGCCAAAUCUGGCGGCCCCCUCGCACUCACCACUGUCGGAUGUGCGACAAUUGUAUUGAGACAGCAGACCACCACUGUGUCUGGCUCAACAACUGCGUGGGUCGACGCAAUUACCGCUACUUCUUCACGUUCGUUUCCUCGGCCACCUUGCUAUCAAUGUAUCUGAUCGGGGCUUCUCUAGCCCAGAUCCUGGUAUACAUGAACAUUGAGGGUGUAACGUUCGCCCAAGCGAUCAACCAUGAUGCCGUGCCAUUCGCCAUGGUGAUAUAUGGCUUUAUCGCCUUCCUUUACCCAGCUGCGCUCAUGGGCUAUCACAUGUUCCUCAUGGCACGCGGGGAGACAACACGCGAGUUUCUCAACAGUCACAAGUUUCUCAAGAAGGAUCGAUACAGGGCAUUUACCCAAGGCAAUUGGUUCACGAACUGGGUCGUUGUGCUGUGCCGUCCACGGCCACCGACGUAUUACCACUUCAAAAAGAGGCACAACGAAGGGGACCAGCGAUUGGCAAACUUGAGAAUCAAGGAACGCCGGCGCAAGGCCAAAGAACAACAACAAGAAGGUGUAGAGCUAGACGAGGUGCGGCCGCAGCCAGGUUUUCAAGGACCAAGCGCGCUGAGGAACGAGAGUCGCCCGCCAACGACGGCAUGA